GUAAACCCAGACAGGAAGGACUUGGCAUAAGUUUCUACUGCUUCGAGACAGUAUCAAGUAUCAAUCGCCUCACCUUGAGCUACCUCCCUUCUACUAUAGACAUGACUCGGCUUAGAGCAUCAUGACUCCAGAUCAAGCAGCGAGCUACAAAGCCCGCAAGGAGGCAUUCGUCUCGAACCUGUCAGGCAGCUCGCUGACCGAGAUCAACCUGGUCACCCUCGUUGCAAGUGCGGCUGUCCUCUUAUGGACAGCUCUGCAAAAACGUCAAUCUCUCUUCACCCCAUACACGCCCAUCGCAUUGGCCGCGGAUUUCCUACUCAAUGUCUGCGCCAUUCUCUUCGCAACCACGCUCUACAGCUCCGCGCCCUUGGUUCUGAGCAUCUUUCUCAUCACCCCAGCAGUACUGCUCCUCACGCUCACCCCAGCGUCAUCAAAUCCAAACACAAAAUCCCGCGCGAACGGGUCAACAACCACGCCGUCAAAGUCGAAGUCCAAAGAUCAGACCAGCACUGCCAAUGACGCCCCUUUACUCCCAGUCCGGCCUUUCCUCACGCACUAUCGCGGCAGCAUGAUGAUAGUGACAUGCCUGUCUAUCCUGUCUGUCGACUUCCGCAUCUUCCCCCGACGCUUCGCCAAGGUCGAAACCUGGGGAACAUCCCUAAUGGACCUGGGCGUCGGCUCCUUCGUCUUCUCAGCCGGUCUGGUCUCGGCGCGUGCUCUGCUCAAAUCGUCGUCACCCAACAAAUCAAGUUUCACAGCACGCUUCGUCACGUCAAUCCGGCAUUCCAUCCCAUUACUGGUCCUCGGGCUCAUCCGCCUCUGGAGCGUCAAAGGUCUAGACUACGCAGAACACGUCACCGAGUACGGCGUGCACUGGAACUUUUUCUUCACACUAGCCUUAUUGCCGCCAUUCGUCGAGAUCGCCGAUACCCUGGUGGGCGUCCCGCGGCGUAUGCUGGGCGCAUCGGCAUACGACGUCCUCGCCGUGUUGCUGGCCAUCACGUACGAAAUCCUGCUCAAUAUUCCCGAGCUCGAUCUCCGGCGGUACAUCCUCGUCUCGCCGCGCGGUCCAGACUGGCUGUCCAAGAACCGCGAGGGUGUCUUCUCGUUCAUCGGAUAUCUCGCCAUAUUUCUUGCCGGGCGCGGCUGCGGCGCUGAUGUCGUCCAAUUCGGUUCCAAAGUACCGCUCAAAGCCUCACCCAAAGAUGCGGACCAACCGUGGUUUCAUGCCACCAGACUCGAGCGCCGCAUUGUCCUUCGCACGCUUGCCAUCCGCGCAGCAGUCUACACUGCCCUCUUCAUCCUCUCCACCCACUAUAUCGGGUUCAAUCUCAGCGUGUCCCGUCGCCUCGCGAACUCGCCAUAUGUAACGUGGGUCGCGGCUUUCAACAACGCCCAGCUCUUUCUCUUCGCGUUGGUCGAGGCAUGUGGGCCUGCCUUCUCAUAUUCCGACAGCGAAAGUGUAAGGUUCGCCACGUCGCGCAUCCUCCGUGUCUUCAACAAUAAUGGGCUUGUCAUCUUCUUGCUGGCAAACCUACUGACCGGACUGGUCAACUUGACCGUGAAUACACUCGAUAUGAGCCCCCUUGGCGCGAUGGGCGUGUUGAUGGUGUAUGCGGCGGCCGUGACGGGUGUGGCGUUGGGUUUGGAUCACACCGGAAUCAAGAUCAAGAUUUGAUACCUAGGUAGCUAUCUACCUUACUGUACUAUAUUGUACUCUACGAAGCCACGGAAAUGGUAUCUAGAUACCUGGUAAAAUC